UAAAUGGCUGUGAAAAAUCAAACCCAAGUGACUGAGUUCGUAUUUUCAGGAUUCACAAAUCAUCCAGAAUGGCAAGUUGUCCUCUUUAUCAUGUUCCUGGUAAUUUAUAUCAUCACUCUGGGUGCAAAUCUGGGGAUGAUCUUCUUGAUCAGGAUGGAUCCACAGCUACACACCCCAAUGUACUUCUUUCUCAGCCACUUGGCUUUCCUAGAUGUUAGCUACUCUUCAGCUGUUACUCCAAAAGCCAUGGCUGACUUUUUAGCUGAAAGGAAAAUAAUUUCCUUGGCUGGAUGUGUUAUACAGUUUUACAUGUUUGAUGGUUUGGUGAUCACUGAAUUAUUCCUACUGUCUGUGAUGGCAUAUGAUCGGUAUGUGGCCAUCUGUAACCCAUUGCUUUAUUCUGUAGUUAUGUCUAAGAAGUUAUGCACUACACUAGUGACUGGCAUAUAUAUCUAUGGCUUUGUGAGCUCAGUGGUUCAAACAGCAUUGACAUUUAGGUUAUCUUUCUGUGGAUCAAAUGUGAUCAACCAUUUCUAUUGCAAUGACCCACCUCUUUUAGCUCUAUCUUGCUCUGACACUCGACCUAAAGAAAUCCAGCUUUUAGCCUUAUCUGGUAUCAACUUAAGCAGUUCGCUCUUAACAAUCAUUGUCUCCUAUGUCUACAUUAUAUCCACCAUCUUUGGAAAACACUCUGCAGAUGGGAGGCACAGAGCCUUCUCGACAUGUGCCUCACACCUGACAUCUGUCAUCAUUUUCUAUGGCACCCUCUUCUUCAUGUACCUGCAACCCAGCUCUGCUCAUUCUCUGAAUUAUGACAAGGUGGUAUCCGUUUUUUAUGCUGUUGUGAUCCCCAUGCUGAACCCUCUUAUCUACAGCUUAAGGAACAAAGAAGUAAAAGGUGCCCUGAAAAGAGUGAUGGGGAAGAAAUUGUUUUCAUAG